GCACGCGAACGAUAAGCUGACCCACACGCGAAGUUUCGUAAACGACACAAUCGUCGCGGUGAAGACGCGAAAAGAACGGCACGCGGCACGUUAUUUUCAAUCGUCCCGCCGCUCCCGGACAAACGCACGAUGAUGGCCGUCCGACCGUUCGCACCUCUGCUCCUCGUCGUCGCGCUUGCCGCAUCGCUGCCAGCCCUGGGCGACACCGCCUCCGCGCACAUCCACACGCAUCAGCACAACAAAGCCGACAGCAAUGAGAGGACGGAGGACGGUGCCUUCAGCCCCCGCGACGCCGACCACUACGCGGAGGGCGAGCAUCACCAGGAGUUUGACCAUGAAGCCAUCCUAGGAAGCGUAAAAACGGCAGAAGAAUUCGAUAAACUUCCAAUAGAAGAAUCAAAGAGGAGAUUAGGGAUUUUACUGACCAAGAUGGAUCUGAAUAAUGACAAGUACAUAGAGAGGAACGAAUUGAAAGCCUGGAUCUUGCGUUCAUUUAGCAUGCUGUCUGCGGAAGAAUCUGAGGAUCGCUUGGACGACGCUGAUACGGAUGAAGAUGGUAAAGUGAGUUGGGAUGAAGUUUUACAGGAUACUUAUGGUAACGAUCCCGAAGAUCUGGCUGUUGACGAUAAAUUGAUCCACGACGACAAGCUGACAUUCGAGGCGGCCGAUUUAAACAAAGAUGGCUAUUUAGAUGGGGAGGAGUUCAAAGCUUACACACAUCCUGAGGAAACACCUAGAAUGUUUCCGCUUUUAUUGAAACUAGCCUUGGCUGACAAAGAUAUGGAUGGAGAUGGAUACAUUAAUUUCCAAGAGUUUAUUGGUGACAGAGCCAAAUCAAAAGAUAAAGAAUGGUUGCUAUCUGAGAAAGAUAAAUUUGAUUACGAGCAUGACAAGGAUGGAGACGGUAGACUCGAUUCGGAUGAAAUUCUUUCUUGGCUCGUUCCGAGUAAUGAAGAAAUAGCAAACGAUGAAGUGGACCAUCUAUUUGCGGGUUCAGACGAUGAUCACGACAACAGAUUAUCCUAUGAUGAAAUCUUGGAUCAUCAUGAUGCUUUCGUAGGCAGCGAAGCAACGGACUAUGGCGAUCAUUUGCAAGAUAUCGAACGUUUUAAUGAUGAACUCUGAGAAUUAGCUAUCAGCUGAAGCGAUUAUACUGUGUUAUCUUUCAUAAUACUCAUCGGAGAUAUGUAUGAUUGAAAAUAUUUUUAUUACACUGCUCAAAACAAUCAAACGAGAUCAUUUCUUUAAAAAAUUCUAUAUCAUUAACGUCAAUGUAUGUUCAAAAAAUAUAUUAUAUGUUCAAAAAAUUAAAAUACACAGAAUGUUUAGAAAAUCGCUCGCAGUACUUCAGAAAAUGAUUCGAGACUCAAAAAGAAGAAAAAAG